AUGGCGGCGGGCGGCCGGAGCUGGUUCCGCGCCCUGGCGCUUGGCGUGUCCUUCCUCAAGUGCCUCCUCAUCCCCGCGUAUUACUCCACAGAUUUUGAAGUACAUAGGAACUGGCUUGCCAUCACUCACAACUUACCCCUUUCUCAGUGGUACUAUGAAGCAACUUCGGAAUGGACCCUGGAUUAUCCACCAUUUUUUGCUUGGUUUGAAUAUGCGCUUUCGCACGUUGCCAAGUACUUUGACCCCAAGAUGUUGGUUAUUGAAAAUCUGAAUUACACCAGCCGUGCAACUAUCUUCUUCCAAAGAUUUUCUGUCAUCUUUACAGAUAUCCUUUUCAUAUAUGCGGUUCGUGAGUGCUGCAGAUGUGUAAAUGGGAAACGAACUGCAAAGGAUAUCCUGGAAAAACCAACAUUUAUUCUUGCCGUUCUGCUCUUGUGGAAUUUUGGGUUGUUAAUUGUGGAUCAUAUUCACUUUCAGUACAACGGCUUUCUAUUUGGGCUGAUGCUUCUUUCUGUUGCCCGACUAUGUCAGAAAAGAUACUUGGAGGGUGCUCUUCUUUUUGCUGUUCUUCUGCAUUUCAAACACAUCUACAUGUAUGUGGCCCCAGCAUACGGCAUUUACUUGCUGCGAUCCUAUUGUUUUACUGCAAAUAAUGCAGAUGGAUCCCUGAAGUGGAGAAGUUUCAGCUUUCUUCAUGUAACUCUUCUGGGACUGAUUGUCUGUCUUGUUUCUGCUCUUUCAUUAGGCCCCUUCAUAGUGUUGGGCCAGCUGCCUCAAGUCAUUUCACGGCUUUUUCCUUUCAAGCGAGGCCUCUGCCAUGCUUAUUGGGCCCCUAACUUCUGGGCUUUGUACAAUGCCAUGGAUAAAGCACUAACAAUUUUUGGUUUAAAGUGUAACUUUCUUGAUCCCACAAAAAUUCCUAAAGCCUCAAUGACAGGCGGACUGGUUCAAGAAUUUCAGCAUACUGUCCUCCCUUCCGUGACUCCACUGGCAACGUUAAUCUGUACUUUCAUAUCUAUAUUGCCCUCUGUUUUCUGUCUUUGGUUUAAACCUCAAGGGCCCAGAGGCUUUCUUCAGUGCCUUGUUCUUUGUGCGUUGAGCUCCUUCAUGUUUGGCUGGCACGUGCAUGAAAAAGCAAUACUCCUUGCUAUUCUGCCUUUAAGCUUGUUGUCUGUUCAGAGAGCGAAGGAUGCUGGCAUCUACUUGAUUCUGACCACCACAGGGCACCUCUCACUUUUUCCUUUGUUGUUCACACCGCCAGAACUUCCAAUUAAAAUACUGCUUAUGCUGCUGUUUACUGUUUAUAGCUUCUCUUCGUUGAAAUCUCUAUUCAGGAGAGAGAGGCCUCUCCUUAACUGGCUUGAAACAAUCUACCUCAUCCAACUAGUGCCUUUGGAAAUCUUCUGUGAAAUUAUAUUUCCUCUGACCACCUGGAAGCAGCACUUUCCUUUUGUCCCUCUGUUGCUGACCUCUGUAUACUGUGCUCUGGGCAUCACAUACGCUUGGCUGAAGCUCUAUGUCUCUGUCUUGACCGAACGAAUUUCUGUUAGACAAAAGGCCGAGUAAAGCCGCAGUGUUGGGACCAGGCCCAGGUUUACGGGGAUUAUCCGGCACGGUCAGGGGUUCUCACAAGGACAUACAA